CUUAAAACAGUAUAAAUGCAAGGUCCGGGUAGCUCUUUUUCUCUCAUCUCACUCUCUGUGUCUAAACCUCGUUCUCAUACACUGAUACUUCAAAAAAGAAAAGAAAGGAUGUCGGUCUCAAAUCUUCUUCUCUUAUUAUCAAUCUUCGCACUCUUUAAUGUUCCAGCAUUUUCAGCUCAAUUUCUUGAUGGGUUUCUACCAAAUGGCAACUUUGAAGAACAACCAAAACCAAUCAACAUUAAGAAAACAGUACUUAAAGGGAAAUUCGCACUACCCAAAUGGGAAAUCAAUGGGACAGUUGAGUACAUCCAUGGAGGACCACAACCCGGUGGAAUGUAUUUCGCAGUAGCCCAUGGUGUUCAUGCUGUAAGACUUGGAAAUGAUGCUUCAAUUUCCCAAACAAUUCCAGUUAAAAAAGGGUCUCUUUACGCCCUUACAUUCGGCGCUUCAAGAACUUGUGCUCAAGAGGAAGUUUUAAGAGUAUCAGUUCCUCCUGCCCAAGGAGAUUUGCCUCUACAAACACUUUACAGCAGUGAUGGUGGUGAUACUUAUGCUUGGGGUUUUAGGGCUACUUCUAAUUCUGCAAAGGUGAUAUUCCAUAAUCCAGGUGUUCAAGAGGAUCCUGCUUGUGGUCCACUUUUGGAUGCGGUUGCCAUCAAAGAACUCUUCCCCCCUAUGCCCACCAGAGUUAACAUGGUUAAGAAUGGUGGUUUCGAGGAGGGACCUCAUCGUUUCAAGAACUCCACUAAUGGUGUUCUCCUCCCACCUAAGCAAGAAGAUGCUGCAUCUCCUCUUCCUGGUUGGAUAAUUGAAUCACUAAAAGCUGUUAAGUUCAUAGAUUCUCUGCACUUCAAGGUCCCUUCAGAUUUUGCAGCAGUUGAACUGGUUGCAGGGAGAGAAAGCGCCAUUGCACAAAUUCUAAGAACAAUUCCGGGCAAAUCGUACCAGCUUAGUUUCACAAUUGGAGAUGCUAAAAAUGGGUGUCAUGGAUCCAUGGUAGUUGAAGCAUUUGCAGCAAAUGACAAAUUCAAAGUUCCGUUCGAGUCUACUGGCAAGGGAGGAUUUAAAACUGCUACUUUCAAGUUCAAAGCCACAGCAGCAAGAACACGAUUAACUUUUUACAGUUCGUUUUAUCACACUAGUAUAGAUGAUUUUGGAUCUCUCUGUGGUCCUGUUGUUGAUGAAGUUAAGGUAUUACCUCUCCGUGUUUAGAAUCAAAAUCCUAUACAGCGAGUCACGUGGAUAUUGAUGUUUUUGCAACGGCCAUUUCGAUUCGGUAUUUGUAAAGUUGCCGCCUGUUGCAUGUGAGUCUAGUUAGGUGUUCUAAAAUACUUGAGUAUUGUUUUGUGUUACGACUAUCAUUAUCACUAUUUAGUCGCCAUCAGUGCCCAAAACAAUUUAUGUUGUAUCUUGUAUUUAAGAAAGAAAGAAAAAAUGAAUCAAUGAUUAUGCCCAAAUUCCACUUGGGAUUAAUAUUUUUA